AUGCCUCCAAACGUGAACAAGGCCCUAGAAUUCAUUGAUGCAGCUCACAGAGAAGACCCGAACAUAGUCCAAGUCAAUGGGGAAUCAAUCCCGUACGAGCUACACUAUGCUCAGAAGAUGUCCAAAUACCUCGACCUCCAUACUCCCUACGCCGACCCUCUCCUCGUGACGGCCGCGCGAGCCCAGCAUUUCCGACGCUGGGAGGUUCCUCGAGACUCCUAUCCCAGGACGAAAGCGGGCUACCUCGCAUGGAGGGCAUUCCUGAAAAAGAGACAGGCGGAACAAGUCAGACAGCUUUGUUUGGAGAGCGACUACAGCACAGACGAGGCGGAUAAAGUCGCAGCAUUGGUCGCCAAAGAAGAUCUCAAGAAGGGCGAAGGGAAGGGCGAUCCAGACGCGCAGAUCAUUGAAGAUGUCGCGUGUCUGGUGUUCCUGGACGACCAGUUCGACGGGUUUGAGAAGGCACAUGACGAAGACAAGAUCGUUAGCAUCUUGCAAAAGACCUGGGUAAAGAUGGGCAAGCGUGGUCAAGAGCUCGCUUUGGCCAUGGAUCUGAGCGAUCGGGCCAAAGAGCUGGUUGGAAAGGCUUUGGCAGGCUAA